CUCUCCUCUUGAUUAUUAUUUUGCCUGUUUCGGAACCCUUCUCAGGUGGCUUUUACAGGUCCUCUGCAGAUCAGCCUUUAUGACGCCCCCUCCCCAAAUCUAUUCCAUUUCCCUUCGGAUUCAGUGCUUCAAUUCUGAAUUACUCUUACUCCUAUAUAAAUAAUCUCUAUUUAUACAUCCACCAUAACUAUCAAGUUCUUGUGCAUGUUUUUAGCAUAUUCAAUUUUGAAAUCAAAAUAUAUAUGAUGAUGUUGGGAGUGGAAGAGAUUCUGUGUGAGGUUGAGAGAGAUGAUGAGCAAGGCAGCCUCCCUCCUGGCUUCAGAUUCCACCCCACCGAUGAAGAGCUCAUCACCUUCUACUUAGCUUCCAAGGUCUUCAACGGCAGCUUCUGCGGCGUCCACAUCGCUGAAGUCGACCUCAACCGAUGCGAGCCGUGGGAGCUUCCUGAUGCGGCGAAAAUGGGGGAGAGGGAGUGGUAUUUCUUCAGCUUGAGAGACCGGAAGUACCCGAGCGGGCUGCGAACAAACCGGGCGACCGGCGCUGGCUAUUGGAAGGCAACGGGGAAAGAUAGGGAGGUGGUGAGCGGUGCGAAUGGGGGCCUUCUUGGGAUGAAGAAAACCCUAGUUUUUUACAAAGGCAGAGCCCCCCGAGGGGAGAAGACCAAGUGGGUCAUGCACGAGUACCGCCUCGACGGCGACUUCUCCUGCCGCCACACCGCCAAGGAUGAGUGGGUGAUAUGCAGAAUUUUCCACAAGGCAGCUGAGAAGAAGAGCUUGGUGCAAGGCCAGAGCUACUUAAUGAGAGGGUACAACCCAGCUACUUCAUUGCCUCCAUUGCUAGAGCCACCACCAACACUCGACCAUCAUCAUCAAUUUCUCUAUCACACUGUUCAAGAGCAAUCGGAGCUCAAAGCCCUAAUCAACCAAGACUUGAGUUUGAAGGAGCUAAGCAUGGCCAUUGCCAUACAGUGCAAGAAAGAGUCUGAUAUACGGAGCCAUUUGCAGUUGCAGUAUGGGUGUGGUGGUGAUGGGAGUGGAAACAGCAAAUAUGAAUAUCCAUUUGUUUUUGGGGGAAAUCUGGCAAUCCCAUCAGCAACAGCAACAGUGGAUACAGCUGUUGAUCAUGUGAUGUCAAAUGAGCCGGCUUUUAGAUGGUGGUAGAGAUUCAAAUCCAUCAAUGUCACUGGAGAGAUUAUUCUUGCCUCUCUUUAAUUGUGGAAUACUGAGUAUAAAAUAUGUUAUCUACACAUUCUGGAUAUAUGUGUCUCUCUAUCUGCAGAUUGUGUGUCAUGAAUAUUGUAAGCAUGUAGCAGCAGUAGCAUUAAUGAUGGGGACUAUGGAAU